AUGAGAACGCGCCACAAACAAACCCUGCAAAGAGUUUUCCUCUGGGUCGGAGCUCUGUUCAUCACAUGGCACAUCUUCACAUUUCUCUUUACCGGACCAUCAAAUCCUAGCCAGUCUAAGCUCGAGGAUACAUCAAACCUGGUCAAAACUCCCGGCGAUGUGCAACGUGCCGCAGCUAUUGUCGACGCUUUUCGCUUUUCGUGGGAUAAUUAUGAGAAAUAUGCUGCGCCGCAUGAUACACUUCUCCCCGUCAGCAAGGCUUAUGAAGAUGAUCGAAAUGGAUGGGGUGCGACGGCUGUGGACGCCUUGAGCACAGCCAUUCUGAUGGAGGAGGCCGUUAUUGUGGAUAAAAUUCUCAACCAAAUUGCUGCGACGGACUUUACUGUUACUGUGGUGCCUAACCAGGUCAUCUCAUUAUUUGAGACUACCAUUCGCUACCUCGGAGGCUUAUUAUCAGCCUACGACCUCCUCUCAGGCUCUCACAAACAUCUAAUCAAAGACGCCCGAUUGAGAAAAAAUCUCCUCAAAGCAUCCAUCAUUCUCGCAGACAGACUAAGCAUCGCAUUCGACACUCCAAGUGGGAUCCCUGACGAUGAAGUUAUCUUCAACCCAACGCCCCGCCGAUACGGCAAUAUCGACAACUCAAUCACCUGUUUCGGCACACUCGUUCUCGAAUGGACGCGCCUCAGCGAUUUGACCGGAAACAAGACAUAUGCCACUCUCGCCCAGCGUGCUCAAGACCACCUCAUUCAUCCCAAGACUAAUCAAGAAUUCACACUGCCCGGUCUUAUUGGCACGUAUGUUAGACUUGAUAAUGGCUACUUCGGCGACUACCAGGCUGGUUGGGGUGGUGGGUCUGAUAGUUACUACGAGUACCUUAUCAAGAUGUAUGCGUAUGAUCCUGUCCAGUUCGCGGAGUAUGGGGAGAGUUGGGUUCAGGCUGCCGAGUCUUCGAUGAAGUAUCUUGCUUCGUCGCCAUCCACAAGGCCGGACCUGACCUUUUUGGGAGAGAUGCGAGGAAAUACCAUGAUUCCUAUCUCAAGUCACUUGGCAAGCGUUUGUGGCGGUUCCUUAAUUCUCGGUGGUCUUCUCCUCCAGAACCAAACAUUCAUCGAUUUUGGCCUCAAGCUCUCUUCUUCCUACUAUGAGACCUACCGCCAAACUCACGCUGGUAUCGCGCCUGAGUUCUUCCGCUGGCUCGAUAACGGCGCAAACCCUCUUGUUAGACCAACCACCAACCGACCACCACCUAAAAAAUGGACAUCCUUCUACGAAAAGGCUGGAUUUUACUCUACGAAUCCAGAAUACAUCCUCCGUCCUGAGACAAUUGAGAGUCUCUACUACGCGUACCGAGCUACUGGUGAGAAAAAGUGGCAGGAUAUGGCGUGGGAGGCUUUUGAGGCACUGAAUAAGAGGACGAAAGUGGAUGGUGGGUACACAGGGUUGAGAAGUGUUAUGAAGAGUGUCGAUGAUCCCGCGCAGCAAUAUGUGGAUAAGAUGGAGAGUUUUUGGAUAGCAGAGACGCUGAAGUAUUUGUACCUGAUGUUUGCGGAGGAUAUGGAUGUUCAGGUUAGGAGCGAUGGGAAGAUGAAGUGGGUUCUCAACACAGAGGCGCAUCCACUGUUAAUACGGGGCGCUUAG